CAUCAGACGCUGCAGCAGCUGAAUCUGUCCAAUCUGGAAGAGUUAGAUCAUGGCCACAGCAUCUGAUGUUCCACCCCUGAAGCGCCGCAGCAGCUACGAACUGUUUCCACCUUACUUGUCUGAGCUGAGGGUUGUUCUUCUGGGGAACAACUGGUCUGAGAUGAAUGAAGUGGGAAACGUCAUCCUGGGACAGAAAGUGUUCUAUGAUAAACCCACCUCCUGUAUCAGAACCAGUGGAACAUUAAAAGAUAAAAAUGUCAUCAUCAUCAACACCCCGGAUCAUCUACUGUCUGACAUCUCACACCAUGAGCUGAUGAAGCUCAUAAAAGAAUGUUCAGAUGCUUCCCAUCCUGGACCUCAUGUGUUCCUGCUGGUUCUACAGCCUGAAGACUUCACUGAAAAACACAAAUGGAGAAUAGAAUCAGUCCUUGAAAACUUCAAUGAUCAGUCAUUUAAUCAAACACUGGUUCUGAUUUUACCAAGAAAACAGAGUCCAGGACGCACAGAAACCUACAGACAACGUCCAGCUGUAAAAGACAUGAUCAGUAGAUGCAGACACAGACAUCUACAGAUGGAGAACCUCGAUCAUCAUGAACUGUUAACACGACUGGGUCAAAUAGUGAAAGAGAACAACGGAGAACAUCUGAGCUACGAAGAAUUUGAGGAAAUAUCUUUUGCAGAUGAUCACUGCAGCCAAAAACUGAACCAAAAAGGUGUCAUGGAUACUGUCCAAAAUGCUGAAUCUAAUCUUAGGAUUGUUCUGUUUGGGAAAAGUGAAGACAAGAAGAAUAAAGUUAUUAAUUUGAUCCUUGGGAAGCAAAGUUCAUCUUCCAUAAAAUCCUACCCACUGAAAGAAUGUGUUCCAAUCAAUGGAGAGUGGAGAAAAAACCCACUAACAAUGGUGAAAACUCCAGACCUGUUCAGCUUGUCAAUGGAAACAGUGAGAGAAGAAAUGAAAACCUGUGUGUCUCUUUGUCCGCCUGGACCAAAUGUUCUUCUGCUGUUGGUGAAGCCGUCAGAGUUCACUGAGGAGGACAGUCAGACACUGAGGUUCAUCCUGAGUUUGUUUGGUCCAGAUGCCUUCAAACACUCCAUGGUCGUCUUCACACACAGGGACAAAAAAAUGAAAGUCCAUGUUACAGAGCUCCUCAGAGACUGUGGAGGAAGACACUACAACAUGUUUGAAGAAGACUGCAAACUUUUCAUGGAGAAGAUUGAAGAAACUAAAGACAACAGCCUCGUUCCUCUGUCCACAGUCAUCAAACCACCUUUAAACCUGGUUCUGUGUGGGAACAGAAGAUCAGAGAAGACUUCAGGAGCCAGGGCCCUUCUAGGUCUGACUGAGCUCCGUUCACGUUCUUCAGAGUUUGUUAAACAUCAGGUGGAGGUCUGUGGACGUCAGGUUUCACUGGUGGAGCUGCCUGUCCUGAAUGGAAGACCUCAGGAAGAAGUGAUGAAAGAGUCAUUCCAGUCCAUCUCCCUCUGUGAACCUGAGGGUGUCCACGCCUUCAUCCUGGUCCUACCAGUGGGCCCACUCACUGAUGAAGACAAGGCAGAGUUAGAGACCAUCCACAACACAUUCAGCUCUCGAAUCACGGACUUCACUGUGAUUCUAUUCACUGUGGAGUCAGAUCCUACAGCUCCAGCUGUGAUGGACUUUGUAACAAAUACUAGAGACAUCCAGGAGCUGUGUCAGAAAUAUGGAAGAAGAUAUGUCAUUCUCAACGUCAGAGACAAACAGCAGGUCUCUGAGGUGUUGGACACUGUGGACAGAAUGAGAAUGUCCAAGGACAAACCGUCCUACACAGUAGAAACAUUUGCACAUGUCCAAAUAGAGAAGAUCACUGAGCUACAGGCUGAAAAUGAGCUUAAAAACAAGACACAAAACUGUGAUGAAGAUAAACAGAGUCCAGAUUGUCUGAGGAUUGUGUUGAUUGGAAAAACCGGCAGUGGAAAGAGCUCCUCAGGAAACACCAUCCUGGGAAGAGAAGAGUUCAAAGCUGACUUCAGCCAAACAUCAGUCACUAAAGUUUGUCAGAAAGUACGAGGUCAGGUGGAUGGUCGUCCUGUUGCUGUAGUCGACACUCCUGGUCUGUUCAAUACAAACUUGACCAACAAGGAGGUCCAUGAGGAGAUGGUGAAAUGCAUCAGUCUUUUGGCUCCAGGACCACAUGUCUUCCUGUUGGUGUUGGAGAUCGGCAGAUUCACAGAAGAAGAAAAAGAGACAUUAAAACUCAUCAGAGAAGGAUUUGGGAAGAAUGCUGAAAAGUUCAUCAUCAUCCUUUUGACACAUGGAGAUAAACUGGAGACUCGUGGGAUAUCGAUUCAUGAAUACAUAAGAGACAAAUGUGAUGAUUCAUUUAAGAAGCUGAUCUCUGACUGUGGAGGAAGAUACCAUGUGUUCAAUAACCAAGAUAAAAACCCCACACAGGUCAGUGAGCUGAUGAAGAAGAUCGACUCCAUGGUGAAAGAAAACAGAGGAAGCUGCUUCACUAAUGACAUGCUUCAAGAGGCUGAAGCAGCGAUAAAGAAAGAGAUGGAGAGACUGUUAAAGGAGAAAGAAGAAGAGAUGAGGAAACAGAAGGAGGAGCUGGAAAGAAAACAUGAGGAAGAAAUGAUGGAAAUGAAAAGACGAAUGGAAGAACAAAGAGAAGCAACUGAAAGAGAGAGAAAACAGAGAGAAGAAGAACUGAAAAAAAUGGAGGAAAACAUUAAGAGAGAACGUGAACAAAGGAAAAAAGAACAGGAAGAGAGAGAAGAGAAAGACAGAAGAAAGAAAGAACAAGAUGAACUUCAACGACAGGAGUGGAAACAGAAACUUCAAGAUCUGGAAACAAAGAUAAGAUCAGAGUCAGAAUCUAAAGAAACGAUUGACAAAAAACUGGAGGAGAGUAAAAGAGAAAUCAGAAAACAACGAGAUGCCUGGGAGAAGAAACAGAGUGACUGGUGGAUAAAACACCAUCAAGAAGAAGAAGAAAGACGAAAAGAGGAGACAGUAAAACUUAGAAAGCUUCAAGAACAAUAUGAGCAAGAGAGAGUAGAAUAUGAAAGAAAAAGAAGAGAAGACGAUCAGAUCAGACGAGAAGAGGGAAAAAAACAGAGAAAAAAAUUAGAGGAGAAAUAUCAAAGAGAAGUGGAAGAUCUGAAGAUGAAACAUGAAGAGGAGGUCAGAAAGAAAGCAGAAGAAUUCAACGAAUUCACAGAGAAACUUAGAGGGGAAUUUGAAACUAAGAAGGAAGAAUAUGAGAAGCAAUAUGACCUGUUAAAGGCUCUGUCUGUCCACAAUGAAAAGGAAUGGAUGAAAAAACAUCAGGAGGAAAUCAACAACUUGGUCAAAUGUAUAAAGAAGAAGAGCAACAAUCUGACAAAAAUCAGUGACUUACUGGGUAAACAGGAAAAAGAAAUGGAGAAUGUCAAAGAUCAGGAGGAAAAAGAAAAUCUGCAGAAAAAACAUGAAGCAGAAAUAAGUGAACUGAUAGAGACACUCCUGAAGGAAGUGGACUCAUCUGAUAGAGGACGAAAACUUACUCAUCUGAGCAGCUUAUUCAGUUCCUGAAGUUCAGUGCACCCUGAAGUCCGUCUAAUAGUUUGUGUUUGUAACUGCCCCUUUAAAUACACAGUGGUAGUAUUAGUUCAUGAAUAUACAGCACACUGUCACUGAAACCAGUCAAACUGAUGACCCAAACAACUCCAGAUUUGAUUCAACGAAAUUUGAAGUUCCUUGGGUUAAAUUUGUAGGACAAGUUUGUUUAAGAACAACAGCAACAAUGGUCAACAAUCGAUGCAAACACAACUUUACAUCAAUCAGUCCUAACAUUGUGACGCUGCAGGUAAAGUGGUAUUAGUGUUGG